AUGGAGAAGAAAAAUGACACCUCAGAUUUUAUUCUCCUGGGACUCUUUAAGCACACAAGGUCCCAUCUCUUUCUCUUCAUUGUGAUACUGACCAUAGCUAUUGCUUCCCUGAUGGGCAAUAUCCUCAUGAUUCUCCUGAUUCACAGGGACCACCGACUCCACACGCCAAUGUACAUUCUACUGAGCCAGCUCUCCCUCAUGGACUUGAUGCUGGUUGUCACCAUUGUGCCCAAAAUGGCAUCUGGCUUUCUGACAGGCAAGAAGUCCAUCUCCCCUGCAGGCUGUGGCUUACAAAUCUUUUUCUUACUCACCCUGGGUGGUGGAGAAUGUUUCCUUCUGGCAGCCAUGUCCUAUGACCGCUAUGUGGCUGUGUGUCACCCACUACGAUAUCCCAUUCUCAUGAACUGGCCACUUUGCCUGAAAAUGACCAUGGGGUCUUGGUUCUUGGGAGCAGCUGAUGGACUUUUGCAGGCAGUUACUGCCCUGAGCUUUCCUUUCUGCAAUACACAUGAGAUCAAUCAUUUCUUCUGUGAAGCCCCCAUGCUGGUGCGCUUGGCUUGUGCUGACACUUCUGUCUUUGAAAAUGCCAUGUACAUCUGCUGUGUGUUAAUGCUCUUGGUGCCCUUCUCCCUCAUCCUGACCUCCUACAGCUUCAUUGUAGCUGCUGUAAUCCGCAUGCGUUCUACAGAAACCCACAAGAAGACCUUUGCUACAUGUUCGUCACACUUGGCUGUGGUGGGACUCUUUUAUGGGGCUGCCAUUUUUAUCUACAUGACACCCAAAUCCUACAGAUCAGCUAACCAUGAUAAGGUUGUGUCAGCUUUCUACACAAUCUUCACUCCUGUGCUGAACCCUCUCAUCUAUAGUCUGAGGAACAAUGAGGUAAAGGAAGCCUGGAAAAGGUGGCUUGGGAAAUGUGCUAACUUAAAGCCUCAGUAA